GUUCAGUGUAUCUUUGCCAGCCUACAUCAAUCUGCAAAGGAGUUGCAGAAAAGCCUCAUGUUCAUCGAGCCGUAUGGGCAAGAAAACUGUUCCCAUUUAUACUUUUCUACAGCGGGUUUAAAAUUCUGCAGCUGAGGUCUUGAAGAUGCAGAAGGGUACAGUAUGUGGUGCAGAUCGCAGUGUGUAUAAACUAAAUUUUUUUUUUUCUUGGAUUUAUUUUGCAUUUUUUUGUUUUGUAUUUUCUUUCAUUGUUUCAUGUUUGUAAAAGGCUUGGCUGGUACAUUUGUAUGAAACUUUGAAAUUUCUAUUCAUAGUCUCAAUAUCCAUCUUUCAUGCUUUUGAAGUGUAAUGAAGAUCAUACAAAGUGAAAGUAGCUCUUUUGACACUAGUUCACUAAAACACCCAUCUUGUAGUAUUUCUUUAUAUCGUGUUGUAUCUUCUGAGCCCAAUCUUUCGGUGCUCCACGUUUACAAAGUGGGCAUCGAGCCUCAAAACGAGUUGAACCUCUAACAGUUUCACAUUUUUAUUGAGGCUUGGGUAAGGUAAGCACCGACAAUAAUUGGAAGUAUCACACAUGUCUAUUGCCUGUAGAGGCACAAAUACUCAAUUAAUGUGAAAUCUAAUUUUACAAUAUCAAAGUUUACUGAAAACUUUGACCAUCAGUAAUUGGAUUUUACUCAUUUAGGUGGCCACACAAUAUUUAAAUGCAAUAAUGGUGACACACAUUUGCCAAAUGAAUGUAAUGCAUUUACCAUAAUAUAUAAUUAAAGCACUGGAUGCCUCGCCCCUCUUAUCAAGUAUGUGAGGUCAUUCUCACUGGUUGUUUUUUUGGACUGUUUCAGGAGAUGAGACACGGCAGAGGGUCAAGUUCACUGAUGAGCGAGUCUGCAAAAGUCACCUUCUCAACUGCUGUCCGCAUGACAUCCUGUCUGGAACUCGUAUGGACCUGGGGGAGUGCACAAAGAUCCAUGACCUGGCACUACGAGCUGAUUAUGAAAUUGCCUCCAAGGAGAGAGAUCUUUUCUUUGAGCUUGAUGCGGUGGAUCACCUGGAGUCAUUCAUUGCCGACUGCGACCGGAGGACAGAGCUAGCCAAGAAGCGCCUGGCUGAGACCCAAGAAGAAAUUAGUGCUGAGGUGGCAGCAAAGGCAGAGAAGGUGCACGAGCUGAAUGAGGAAAUAGGGAAACUCCUGGCCAAGGCUGAGCAGCUCGGAGCAGAGGGCAAUGUGGACGAGGCUCAGAAGGUCCUGCAGGAAGUGGAGAAGGUCCGCACUAGGAAGAAGGAUGCAGAGGAAGAAUACAGAAACUCAAUGCCGGCCUCCAGCUUCCAGCAACAGAAGCUUCGGGUGUGUGAGGUGUGCUCUGCUUACCUGGGUCUCCACGACAAUGACCGUCGUCUGGCCGACCAUUUCGGUGGGAAGCUUCAUCUGGGCUUCAUUCAGAUCAGAGAGAAACUGGACCAGCUAAAGAAAACUGUGGUGGACAAGCAAGAGAAGAGAAACCAGGAGCGCUUAAAGAGACGAGAAGAGAGGGAGAAGGAGGAAAGGAUGAGGAGGAGGACCAGAUCGAGGAGCAGAGAGCAUAGAAGGUCCCGUUCUCGCGACCGCAGAAGGAGGCGCUCACACUCCUCUUCACGGGACAGGCGCCGUUCUCGCUCACGCUCCAGGGAGAGGAGGAGGCGGCAUCGCAGCCGAUCCCGCUCACGCAGCCGAGGACACCGUCACAGCCACGAGCAGAGCUCCAGACACAAGUCGUCCAGGGACCGAGAGCGCUCGUCCAGAGACCGGUCACGGGAGCGAGACAGGAGGGACGGCAUGAACGGCAGGUCAGACUCCCGCCGGGCAGACGACAGGGACAUGGGGGACCUCUGAAGACCAAACUCCAUCCACCACUACACACACACACACACACAGCCUCCUCCCGUCUCUCUCACCUCGUCUGUCCAUUUAUAAUAACCUAAUGUUACACACAGUCCUUGCCUUGAUCCCUCUGUUCUCCCGCCUGCCUCCUUUCUUUGCUUUAAUCGUCAAUGCAGCCGAUCCAGAGUCUACACAUAACUGAAAUAUUGUAUGGAGUCACUUUUCUAGUAUCCAGAUCCAUCAGAUUGCUUUUGGAUUAUGGAGGUCGGUUAUUGAUCAGUAGUGGAUGUACUGUAAUACCCACAUCUGUAAUUUGGUGGCUGUCUGUAUCCAGUCCAUCCCAUGUCUUGUUAUAAACUACCCUCCAAGAAGCCCAAUAGUAAACACAAACUGGUCUGCCGGACUGGAGCAUAAAAUGUAACUGAUCCAUAUUCUUUUAUUAUUAACUGAUGGUCUUUUGAUAAAGAAUUUGUCUGUAAAUAUGUUUUGCGCCUACUGAUUGUCAUGGUCUGAAAAGCCUUGUCCUAUCAAGUAGUUUUUCUCCCUCUCUCCCUCUGAAGAUUUCUUUCGACUGUCUCAUGGUGAAGUGCAGGUCUCGAAUGUCCACAUAAUUGUCCCCAGUACAUAGUUUUUCCAAACGCCCACUUAAAGUUUUAGGGAUUCAAAUUCAAUAAACACAAAGAUUUUAAAGUUUCUAGUGUUAGCAUCAAACUUACGUCUCCUAUUGUCUUUUUUUUUUUUCUAAUCAGGUUUUAUUUUAUGCUUCCAGUAGUGAAGGGAAUCUGUCUGGUCGAGAGUUUGGCCAGUAUAAGUAAAUGAUUGUUCUGAAUUGUAUUGGUGGUAAGUCUCUUGUUUUAUAAUUUUUUUUCUCUUUUGAUUUAUUUUUAUUUAACAUAAUGAUAAUAAAUGGUAUGUUCAGAAUUAGUGUUGGCAUGUGAAGCUGUAGGUUCAGACACACGACAUUGGAAAUUCAAUGUUAAAGCUUUUCAAUAAAGUCAUAAAUCCAAAUUUUGGCCCAACUUUUCACUAGUGCGACUAGGAUUAUCAUGACAUGUAAACAGAUUUUAAUGGAUGCACUGCUUUACCUAAUGUGUGAAGUCAUAUCUGUUUAUGUUCUGCUGGAAAUCUUUCUUUAAAGUCUCAAUUAAAAAAAUAAAAAAAAUCCCA